CUACGCCACAGACCACCGGCCCUCGGACUGUGGUGUCCAUUGGUGUCCUGGCAUCAUGGGGGGCCUCGAACCCUCCAGCAGGCUGCUGUUCCUGCCCCUCCUUCUGACUGUGGGUGGUCUCAGUCCUGUGCAGGCCCAGAGUGAAUGCAACUGCGCCUCGGUGAGCCCCGGCGUGCUGGCGGGGAUCGUGCUGGGGGACCUGGUGCUCACCCUGCUCAUUGCCCUGGCUGUGUACUCGCUGGGCCGCCUGGUGCCUCGGGGCCAAGGGGCUGCGGAGGCAGUGGCCCGGAAACAGCGCAUGACCGAGACUGAGUCACCGUAUCAGGAGCUCCAGGGUCAGAGGUCAGAUGUCUACAGCGACCUCAACACACAGAGGCAGUAUUACAAAUGAGCCCAAACCACGCCGGGCAACAACCUGAUGCCUGGAUCCAGCCAUUCCUGAUGCCCACCCAGCACCUCAUUGCCUACCAAGAUAUAGACCCACAGAGUGCCCUCCCUGAGAUAUCACGCCUCUCCUCACUGCUGCCCCCAAAUAAACAUGAAGCACAAAAA